GAUUGCCCCUUGGCUGCUGUGGAGGCUGUGAUGACCUCCAGGGCCGCGGCCCUCCGGGCGAUGCUUCUCCAGGGGCUGAGGCCAACGCAGAACUCCCGUGGCACCCACUCGGACUCGCGGCGUGUUCACAUGUGGGGUUUUAUUAAAUCCUCCCACCAACCGUGUGAGACAGGAACAGUUAGCCCCGGUGUGUCCGCCAAGAUUGCCCCGCACAAGUGGCUCCGGAUGGAUCACACGAAGCACUUGCAAGUGAAGAAGCAGCACAGCCCUUUAUCUUGGGCUAUUUCCUGUGGAGAGACUCCAACAAUUUAGCAGCCAGGCUCCUGGGCCUCUGGGACCCUCACCACAUCACAUCCUUCACCUUCAGGAGCAGAGCGCCUUUGGGAAACAGACUUCUAAAAGUGCAGGUGGGCCAGCCAUGAGAGGGUACCUAGUGGCCAUAUUCCUGAGUGCUGUCUUUCUCUAUUAUGUGCUGCAUUGUAUAUUGUGGGGAACAAACAUCUAUUGGGUGCCACCUGUGGAAAUGAAGCGGAGAAAUAAGAUCCAGCCUUGUUUAGCGAAGCCAGCUUUUGCCUCUCUCCUGAGGUUUCAUCAGUUUCACCCUUUUCUGUGUGCAGCUGAUUUUAAAAAGAUUGCUUCCUUGUAUGGUAGCGAUAAGUUUGAUCUGCCCUAUGGGAUAAGAACAUCAGCGGAAUAUUUUCGACUCGCUCUUUCAAAACUGCAGAGUUGUGAUCUCUUUGAUGAGUUUGACAAUGUGCCGUGUAAAAAGUGCGUGGUGGUUGGUAAUGGAGGAGUUCUGAAGAAUAAGACAUUAGGAGAAAAAAUUGACUCCUAUGAUGUCAUAAUAAGAAUGAAUAAUGGUCCUGUUUUAGGACAUGAAGAGGAAGUUGGGAGAAGGACAACCUUCCGACUUUUUUAUCCAGAAUCUGUUUUUUCAGAUCCCAAUCACAAUGAUCCUAAUACUACAGCGAUUCUCACUGCUUUUAAGCCGCUUGACUUAAAGUGGCUGUGGGAAGUGUUGACGGGUGGCAAAAUAAACACUAAUGGUUUUUGGAAGAAACCAGCUUUAAACUUGAUCUACAAACCUUAUCAAAUCAGAAUAUUAGAUCCUUUCAUUAUCAGAAUGGCAGCUUAUGAACUGCUUCACUUCCCAAAAGUGUUUCCCAAAAACCAGAAACCCAAACACCCAACAACAGGAAUUAUUGCCAUCACGCUGGCCUUUCACAUAUGUCACGAAGUUCACCUUGCUGGUUUUAAAUACAAUUUUUCUGACCUCAAGAGCCCUUUACACUAUUAUGGGAACGCGACCAUGUCUUUGAUGAAUAAGAAUGCGUAUCACAAUGUGACAGCGGAACAGCUCUUUUUGAAGGACAUUCUAGAAAAAAACUUUGUAAUCAACUUGACUGAAGAUUGACCCUACAGACUCUGCAGAUGAUGCUAAGAGUAUUAGUUUUAUUUUUAUACUGCAAUUUUUAGUUUAUUUUUAAAUAUGUUGGAUGCACUUGUCAAAAAAUUGUGUAUAGUCAGUCUGUUGCUGCCUGGUGAUUCAUAACCACCAGCUUAAUUUCUGUGAAUAUAUUUAAUUUAUAAAAACCAAGAAGAUAUGCUUAGAUAUCCGGGAAGUUUUGAUUGCGUUGGUUUUAAAACAACCUUAGUUCUCUGAAGUGUUUUUAAACAUCUUUUUUAAUAGUUACUUCAUCUUUGACUUCUGAGGGCAUGUGACGUCCAAGUAAGGGGCUUUAGCUUGACCACCACAAACUCUGAACAGAGUUGGUGGCGGAUUCGGCUACUGUAAAUUGGUGGGGAAUAGCCAUGUGAUUGUGCAAACUGGAACCGGUUUAGGCAAGUAUCGAGUUCCUUUUUACUGAACCCGAGGAAACGGAUUUGAAUCUUAAAGCAGGCCCAACCAUAGCAGUAGGUACGGUUAUGAAAUCUAAGAUCAUAAUGGUUUCAUUAAGCUUUUUUUCCUGUAAGUAAACCAGAUUAUAAAAUGAAAGGUGUUUGUUUUUAAGGUGGAGGAAACAGGCUACAUGUGAAAUUCUGGAUGAGUAAACAACCUAGGAAUGCAAUUACUAAAGUCUGGUGGCUGCAUUAUUUUAAAGUUCAUACAAAGAAGCAGAGCUAGGCCACCUCAAGGAGACAGUUCUUAAACGUCAUCUUUUGCCUGCCUUAAUAUGUUAAAAUUUGGAAGUUUACUAUUUGAAAUAGGAAAGAUGAAUACGGCACAGUAGGUAAAUCCUUCAGACUCCUCAGGCUGUUUUUGGAUUUAAAUGGUCCUUUCGUGAAAAAUCUCACUUGUCCACGGUGAAAUCCCAUCUUCAAAGGGAAGGCUUACCCGGCUACCUAGGGUGCAUCAGAGAAGAGUCCUGCUGGAUGCAGACAAGUCAAAACCAGCCUGUCCAACAAACGUGCGCCCGUCUCUCUUCUCAAAGAGGGAUGGAAUGAACAGCUCUCAGAAGAGGUAAGAGUUGAAGGACUUGUUAUCCUCUGAGCGAUAAUCGUCAUGGAGAGACACUGCUGGUGUUCCUGAAAACCAGCCUGCCUCUGAGUCUCAGAGACAAAAUAUGAGAGCAGCCACUGGGAUAAAUCGUGAAGCACGGCAUAAGGGGGGAGAAGCCUCGUAGUUGAUUGAACCCAUGUCUACGUGGCUUCAGCUGAUUCCCCUGUAACGGAGGUGGAAAGUUCCCGCACGUACACAGCUGCACGCUGCAGCCUGGCGGCUGGGAUUCCAUGGGUGGACUCAUUCAGGGUACAAAGACAGUCCUGGCUGCAAAGUGAAAAACCCCAGGUGGCAUUUUCAAGUGUUUAUGGACUGAAAUAAUGGCUGUACGGUAUCUGGCGGAUGCUCAACUUGAGGAAUCGGCAUUUUUGUACAGUGGGAGCUGAGGCUAUAAACCUCAGCGUGGCUUCACAUAAGCCAGAAGAAACUCUCAGCCCGAUACAUAUGUACAAUUUAUUAAAAACACAUGAACACGUUAAAAUCUCACUAUUUAUACAAUCUACAUUCUAGCAACAUAUACAAAUACCGAGUGACUACAGUACAUGCCGAGGUAAGAAAAGUACAUUCGGGGAGACUAUCACUGACACUCAAGCCAUUUUUAUUUCCAAUAUGUUUUGCUUUCACCUUUCCCAGUGCCAAAAAAAAAAAAAAAAAACCUAGUCACAAAUUGGAGUAAAUAAGAAUCGGUGCCAGUUGACCUAAAAAAAAAAAAACAACAGUAUUUUCAUAACUAUCCAACUCUUACUAGACUUUUGCAGUUUAGGGACUUCAAGUUCAGAACAGAAAAGCAGAGCUAAUAAGCAGUUUUCUAAAGGUAGAGCUUAACUGAUUUCUCUUUAAAAGGGUUUAAAAAGUUUUCGCCUCUCACUCGUAGUUCUUGUCAUCUGACCUGGUGUUUCUCAGCCCUUUUGCUCUCCAGGUGUCAGUGUGGAGCCAAGGCAAAGAAGUUCAGGCUUUCUCACUGUCUCCGGACUUACGGCCACUUUCAGGUUUAGAGGAGUGUAUUUUCUGCUGGGGCAGGGGCGGGCAAGAGUACGCAGGACACCGUAAUUUCAAGUGCUGUAUAAAUUCUCUACAUGAACCACUGCAUCAGCUGAUAAACCCAUUGUUCAAUGCAAAGUGCAAAUAGUGAAACAUGAAUUUAAAUAACUGGACUAGACCCUGCACAUACAGUAGGAUCCAGUUAGUGUUGCAGCUUUUAAUAUAACUCAGCAUUCACAAUAUCUUUACUAUUAAAUGACCUUAGGAACCAGCACAGUUAAAGUCAGUGUGAUUUUAGGAAAGCUUAUAAGGGCCGCACCUGCUGUACCACUGUCUGAUUCUAUUUUUGUAAUUGUGCUAACAGGAAAAAAGUUCAUUCAAAAAACCAGUUUCAAGCAAAGAAUAAAAAUUUAAGGGAAUUUGGCGGGGGUGGGGUAAAAAAAGUUACGUUCACAUGUUCAGUUGAUUGUCUCCAAAGCUGCAUCAGAUAUAUGUAGUUAAAAACAAAACUCUAAUAUGAAAACAAAUGAACUAAAAGUACAAAAUCAGAACUAUAUCAGGCUCAGCUCUUCAUUUGGAAAGCAAAAUAUAAAAAGCAAUAAAAACUUAUAAAAAUCAUUGGUAGUUCAUCAUUUAAGAAAACAUUGACCUCUUAAAAAUCAGGUGUACAAAAUUAAAAAGAACAGGCAUCUUUGGGAAAAUGAAAUGGUUUCUCUUAAAGCUUCUCAAACAGGCCUUGAUUGGGGAAAUUAUUUAUUAUGUAUGGAGGAUGAAUAAAAAAAUAAAUUGGUUUACUCUUCCCACCUGAAAGGGGAUGCCUGCAUUAAUACCUGUGCUACACACAUUCGUGUCUUAAUAAAAGUUCACCAUCUGUGCUUUUUGUUUCAAAUAUCUUGAAACAAUAUAUUUUUUCAAUGAAUAAAAUUAUGCCUCAAAGUUUGUCUGGAAAAGCAAAGGCAAAUCAAGGUAACACCAAAAAAAAAAAAAAAAAAAUCACAGUACUGGAGGGCAGAGAGGCUGCAGAAAGAAUUCUAUUUUUAAAGCAGUGCUUUAGGAUACAGAUACACUGAGGCAAGCAAAACGAACACUGUCUUUUUGCAAAUCUAGCAAAUUCUGGAAACAAUCUGGGGGCAGAGGCUGUAAGUAAUGGCUAGAACCUAAAGGAAAUUACCUAAGAUUUACAGAAGAGGGGAUGUCAAAUUAUAUGUUUUAGUCCUAGGGCCAGCUCUUCUUGCCUAAGAUUUUGAUUCUUAUGCGAUGGGCUGAUCACUUGUACAGGACUUUGUCACUUAUCUAAAGCUAGUUCUGGGCAAAUGGGUGAUGAGGAAGUUGCCUGGAAGCAUCAAGAACAAGACCUCAGUAUUCACCGGCAAGGAUACUAGGACAUCCAUCUGGUCCCUAGGUGAGCACACUCACAACUGAGGAAUUCAUGCUGGCUUUCAGUACCUCACUGUGGAUAAUUAAAAAUGCUUUUUGACCAAAAAUACAUUCAAGUUCAAAGGAAAAUCUCAAAGAGGGUGAAUCCUUUUUUUUAAGGUAAUUUUUAGGACUUUUGAGGAAGGAAUCUGCUUCUCACGGUGGUAAAUGCAAGGGGUCCUGUUCACAGUGUUCAUGCAGACGCCUCUCGCCUGGGAACAAACGAAGGGGGAGCAGGGCUAGAACCGCUGUUCGAGCUUUUUGAAAUUAGAGGAGUCACGAGGCUGAGAAAGCAAGCCUCACUCAAAAAAAAACAAAAAACAAAAAAACCCCACAACAGUUUAUAGACACAAGAGUGGGGCUGGCCCCAGAUGGAACGAGCAGGGAGGAAUCCAAGUCACCAUUAAGUGUUAAAGCUCUUCAGCGUGUCAGAAAGUGGAGACUCCCUGCCCCUUACGAGUCCGUUUCCACCCAGAGAGCUUCCUAAGACAGGUGAGUGUACGACUGCCAUCAAAACAAUGACUAUCACUAAUUUUUGAAAAAAAUCCAUAAGAAAUAGAGGAAUAGAAGAGAACUCAGGACACUACCCACCUUUCACAAAGCAAAAUUUCAAGCCAUUAGACAUUUCAAGAACAGUACCGUGCGUUAUUGCCAGUCUGGCUUACAGAGCCACCUCUGGAGUUCAUGAACGUACCUGCAGCAUUGGUAAUAAAUACUCUCAGUGAUUCUUAAUUUCUUUGAAGUGCAUAGUAGGGAGCUUUUUCUGUAUUAAAAAUAGUGUUUUACAGUAGUAACAAACAGGAUGUUGGAAAUUUAACAGGCAAGCAGCGGCAGCUGCCACAGUAACACUUUUAAAGCAAGAUGGCAAGAUUAGUAAGUAGUUCCCUGUACCUCGGUCAUCACAUUUCCCCACCACGUCUGUGACAGAUACGUAAUACAUUCUAUAUAUUACUACCACUAACACAAAAAAGGCCAUGUGCUUUAAAACGAUGCUCUAGAAAAAGCAGCACCCCCUUCAGAGAAUUUCUUUAAAGACAUCACAUUCACCAUCCCUCCCCGCCCCUGAUACCUCCUGUGUGCUCUGCGGCACCUGGUACACCAGUUCGUCCGGGGCACUCGGACCUGGCUUCCCGCCUUUUGGGGUAUCAUACUGGGCGCGGGCGGAGGAGCAGCUGUCAGUUCUGGAGAGCAGAGUGUUGUAUGCCCCCACCACUGGGGGGGGUUGGUUCCCUGGAGCCUUGAAAGUGGACGUCGAGGGAAGACCGACGGAAGCUGCGGGGUGCCCAGACAUAUCCAUGAUGAUGGGGGUUGCGUACUCGGGCCCAGUAAUUGGCAGCGGUUCGGCAUAGGCAUGAUAAACUUCUUGAACCGGGGAGCUGUAAGGAUCUAAGUCAGCAUAACUUGCUUCUUUUCCUUCUUCUGGUUUAAAGGUAGACCUCUGAUGAAGGGUGCCAACAAUUCCUCCCACCAGUGGCUGUGCAUACUCUGUGGACGUCACAGAAACAACAGAAAAGUUACCCCAGUCCUACAGGGAUCAUACAAUUUAGGGGUGGCGGCCGUAGCUUUACACCAAAAAUGGACACCUCUCUAUGGCGCUUUUAUUCCUAUCAACACAGACCUAUGGAUUUCUCUACCGGAACCAACGUAAAAACUUAAAAACAUGAUCUUGUAUCUCGUAAGAAAUUAAUAUGCCAUAAAGCCUCAUUCAUGAAAUCUUAAAAUGCUGAUAUAUUUUCUUCAGAUUUACAAAUAGUGUUUCACCGGUGAAAAAAAAUUCCAUUAUUAGAAUAGUAUUUUCAAAUAGAACGACGUUUAAAAUAAAUGUGUGCUAAACUAAUAGGAUAAAUACUGUUGUGGCUCGCUCCGUCUUUCCUACUGUUAACAACACUCAAAACUCCAGGUAAACAGAUAAAAUUGCCCAGAGCUUUUAGAGUCGGACGCUCAUAGGAGGUGCCUGGGUGGCUCAGUUGGUUAAGCAGCCGCCUUCUGCUCAGGUCACGAUCCCUGACCCGGGUGCUGGGAUCAAGCCUCCGGUCAGGCUCCCUGCUCAUGCUCUCUCUCGCUCUGAAGUAAAUAAAUAAAAUCUUAACGAGAAGUGCAUGCUCAUGUUUUCUGGAGACCAUCUAAGGCACCAGAAAGGACUCUCUCAAGGUCAUCCUUUUAAAAAGUAGUUCUACCUCAAGCCGAUAGUUCAUCUCCUACAUAUGGAAAAGCUAAAAGACCCCGCAGGUCCCACAGCACUUCGCAGCUACCUGCAGCGGGGUCUUCCUCUCCCGCGCCAAGGCCACAGUUACCUGCAGAGUCGGUCUGCAGCAUCGUGGUGACUUCUCUUGGACUCAAGUGAUUAACUUCACUGCUGCUGUAGCGAACGGGGGUUUCUUCGUGUUCCACCGAUUUGGCAGGGAGAAACUGCUUCAUUCCUUUCCACCAACCUUCACGGUGAUUGUAAGCAAGAAAGACCAUUAAAUACAAACCUCUGUGUGACAGGAUGACACUGUUUACAGGAGAAACCCUGGUGCACUGAAGCCAUUUCUGUAACACGUCUAAACAAACCCGCCUCUAUGUUCAAUCUUUUUUUUUUUUUUUAUUGCGAUAAAAUACACAAUACAUAAGAUUUACCAUCUUAACCAUUUUUAAGCGUAGGUCAGGGGCUCACACUGUUGUGCAGCUACCACUAGCAUCUAGCUCUGUAACUUUUAACCUUGUAAAACUAAAAGGCAGACCUCUGAUGCCCGUGGAACAGUAACUCCUCGUUCUUCAUUCCCCCCACCAAGGGCAACCACUGUUCUACUCUGGGUCUUUAGGAUUUUGACUCCUACAAGUACUCACCCACGUGGAACCAUGCGGUAUUUGUCUUUUCUGGCUUAUUGUACUUGGUGUAAUGUCCCAAGCUUCAUCCAUCUUGUAGCCUAUUACAGAAAAUCUGUCCUUUCUAAGGCUAAAUAUUCCAUUGUAUGUAUCUAAUAAAACAUCCUGCCUUUCCAUUCGUCA